UUUUAAUCCUAACACACUCAUUAAAGUCUUAAGGAGAUGAAAUCUUCCCUGUCAUUGGCUCAUUCUCUCGUACAGUGACAUGAUUCUCAUGCUCUCAUUGGUUAGUUUACACAUCAAUCACUCUCACAAGAGGUCAGAAAAGUGUCCACUGCACAACUUGUAAUGUAUCCACUUCCAUCGCAGUUACAGCAUGACAACCAUCCACAAGAACCCAAACAAGGGCGUAAAGCAUGCUGAAAACUAGAGCCAUCCUGUGAGCCAAAGGUCACCAUGGAGACGGAUGAAGCACCUGCGCAGCAUAAAGACGACAGGGCGGAGACCUGCACCGUGUCUGUCAAAGGUCUGACAGAGAACUGGCAGAAAUGGUCCAACGACCACUGCGAGUAUCAGAAACAAAAUCCCUUCAGCAACGGCAAGGUGAUUCCCCCGCAGAUCCAGCGAGGACAGGAGGGCUACGGCAGGCCUUUAGAGGGCUCCAAAACAGAGCAGAGAGGAAAAGACGCCCACUCCCAUAUCAGCAGAGAGGUCACAGAGCUCUGCCAGGUCAUUAAGGAGAUCGGAGAGAGCGGAGAUGACGGCAGGACGUCUGUGCGGUUCGGGAUGCUGUUUGAGAGAUACGUCACCAUCUCUGAUAAACUAGUGGGAGUUCUGCUGCGGGCGCGCAAGCAAGGGCUGGUGCACUUUGAAGGAGAGAUGCUGUGGCAGGGGAGAGAUGAUGAAGUCCUCAUCACCUUGUUACAGUGAUUUACAGCAUUGAUGGACACCAUGUGCCUGCCUCAAAGUCAAUAUUGUGUAACAUUGCUUUAUAGGCAUCCAUUUUACUUGAACAGGGGUUAGGAGUCAGUUUUUCAGCCAAAGAAACUAUUGAUAAUGAGAUUUAAACUAUAUUGAAUUUAAAUGUAGCAAUAUUGUUACUUUUUCAUGCUUUCAAAGGUGAAGUGUGUCAUUUCUGUACCACCAAACAGAAUUGGAAAAAUAAUGUUUUCAAACCAGAUUUCAAAACACUCUUGUCUGUCAUUGGUCAACUAAACAAGAAGCCCCACCCCCAUCUCAUACCAUUGGUUAUGAGGGGCUGCUAUAGAAACAAAGCCACAACACUUACACUUUUCACAUGUUCCUGCUGAAAAAAAAGAAGAAGCUUGGUUAGGCUGGUCGAUUUGCUGGUUUUGAGUACUCUCCAUAGAGGUCAAGUUGGAAGACCAGCUUAGAUUGGUUUAAGAGGGUUUUAACAGGGAAACCUAUAAGUGACUUAUUUCUGGAUAUCUCUGCACACUAAACUGUGAUGGGAUAAAAUGUAUUAUCAAAAAAAUACAUGCUUUCACAUUUCUUUCUUCUGGAGAAUGUCUGUAAACCAACUGUUUGUUACCCAUAUUCUUCAAAAUAACUUCUUUUGUAUUCAGCAGAAGAUAGAAACUCAAACAGGAUUGGAACAACGUUUCAUUUUUGGGUGAACUAUCCCUUUAAGUGAACACCUACAAUAGCAUGCAACAUUGAAGUGUUGACAAGACAUAUUACUCAUUCAAGUUACGGAAAAAAACGAAACUGGCGCCGCGUUCUUUCCGUAAGUAGAAUAGGGAAGGCGUAGAACAUUCAGCGUAAGCGUUAUGAAGAAUGCGGAAGCGGAAAGUACGUUC